AUGCUAAGCAGGGAAAGCUUGAGAACCGAGUCGGGAUUGGACAUAGAGGAAAUCCUCAAGAUGAAGCUCGGAACCAUCAUAGAAGAACCAGAGGUGUGUGAGGACAAUGGAAAGGUCAUCAUAGAAGAACCAGAGGUGUGUGAGGACAAUGGAAAGGCAACAACGCAUAGAUGCAUGGCCAAGAAUGGAAAGAAGAUUCAAUUGAAGGUCAAAAUGGGCUGCCUAUUUAAACCUCAAUUCAGCCUUAAGGAUUCCUAUGUGCUGUUCAUGAUUGGGCUUGCUUCCAAAGGUAGCUUGGCUGGGCUAGCUCAAUUUUAA